CACACAAACACACAAGCAAAACGCUCUGCCUUCCUAGCAAGCUGCAGCUCUCUCCUCUCUUCUCUCUCUCUCUCUCUGCUGGCAGGUGUUAGACAGAUAAAACAAUAAAUAACUCUUUGAGGGAGAGAGAGACGGAGGGGGGGGGGGAGGCUUGGAGCGUGGUGGAUUUUCACCGGGAGAACCUUGAGAAGAAGAGACGAAUAACAACAGGAAGAAGCAAAAGAAAAGAAGGAGAAAGGAGAAAAGAGAACCGAGAAGGGAUUCGUGGACUAGACAGUGAUUUUUAUUUUGGCCUUUUUCUUUUUGGAAGGAGGGGCAGGGAAGGAGAGAGAGAGAGCAGGAGAGGGAGAGAGAGCGCAAGGAGACACGGUGAACCGGACUGUCUCGUCUGCUUAUCCGUCCACGGAGCCAGUGGAGGGCUGCGCCGGCAGCUCGAGGAGGAGGAGGAGGAGGAGGAGGAGAGAGUAAGAGCAGGGGAAACGCAGGGCAGUCAUGGAUACCGUAGCAGCCCAGCCAGACGCUAAGACGGCCCGGAUUCCUACACCGCUGCUGGCCGCUGCCCGGCCAAGGAGAAGCCAUCCUCUAUGAGCUCCAAUGUGUCCCUCUAGUCAUGCUCCCCGGAUAUGGAUUCCCGCCUCUUCCUGACUUCCAGCCCCACCUCCAUGUGUUCCGCUGCCGAGGGGAGAGCCCCGACACGUGGAUCCCGGGCUCACCCGAGUCCCAGGCUUUGAGUGAGGCCCGGAAAGACAGGGCCUUCCCGCGGCGGCCCCACCACCACGUCGCCGUGUGCAAACAGGAGACGCUGGCCUUCAUCGAGCUGCCACAGCCUGGCACCAAUGGCCUGAGCCCCCCCUCUCUCCGGGACGGACACUGCUUGACCCCCCCAUCAGAACCCGGGUCCCCGACUGCGACCGGGGGCGAAGUCCCCCUGUCCAGCCCUCACGCAACCCUGGAUGCGGACCGGGGUCCGGAGGAGAGCGAGGGACCGGGUGUCCCCAACACUGACGGGACGGUUCCACAAGGCCCUGUGAGAUCGGACGGCAAGCCCGCCUCUUCCCACCCAGCUCCCCCUCUCUCCCUCCCCCUUUCCCUCCCUCUGUCCACCUCCCCAGGCAGGAGGAACUCCCUCCAAUGCCAGAGGUCCAGCUCCCUGGAUUCGGGGGUUCGCAGUCCAGAGCCGUGCAGCCCACAGAGACGCACGUCCCACGGUGACAUCAAAGAGAAAUCGAUCCGGCGUAAGAUGAGGGUCUACUCCCCUGAGGGUGAUGAAUCCCUCAGCAGCCCAAGCCCGGAGUGCGAGUAUUUAUUCCCGGGACCCUUUCUGGAUGAGGGCCUCGGCCUGGGGCUGGCUUCCCCUGUGCUUCCUGCACCAUCCAGCCCCGCCCCUUCGGCGGGGGCCCUCGGCGACCCCCAGCCCAACAAACGCCGCCCUGACCCGCUGCUGUUGCCCGAGACGCCCCUGGGGUGGGUGGAGUGCGCGGGCGGGGCGGGGGCAGAGGGCCCCCUGUCCCGCCCCGGGGACCAGGAGUGGCGGCGCUUCUCGGCGUCGGAGCUGAUCUCCCGCCUGCAGCUCUCCCAGAAGAAGAGCUCCUUCACCCUGAAGCUGGGCAAGUCCCUGUCCGCCCGCGUGGCCUCCAGGGACCGGCAGGCGCCCCGCAGCCUCAGCCCGAGCAACAAGUCCAGCUCAAGAGACCGCAGCUCAGGGGGUUCGAGCGACAGUGCCCCCCACAGCCCCAUGGGAUCUGGGCCACCGCUGCCCUCUGCUGACAGCACCGUGCCAUCACAGAGAGGGAGCUCCAGACUCAGCGCGAGGAAGGACUCCAUUGAGGAGGACGAGUGCACCGCCACCACCCUCAGCUGCAGCAAACGGCUGUCUCGAUACCUCCCCAGCUUAAUACUGUACCAGGAGUACAGCGAUGUGGCCAUCAACAGAGAAAUCCAGCGGCAGCAGGGGGCGGAACCGGGCACCGAGGAUGAGGGGCUCGGGGAGGGAGAGGCCGGGGAAGCCACGCCCCCUGACAACCUCUCUCCAACCAGUUCCUUUCGCUCAUCGCGGGGCUCCGCCUUCUCCUUGUGGCAGGACAUCCCUGACGUGCGGAGCAGUGGCACGCUGGACACGUUCAGCAACGAGGAGAGGAAACUGCAGGAGGCAAAAUUUGAGCUGGUGACGUCAGAGGCCUCCUACAUCCGCAGCCUGGCCAUCGCGGUGGACCAUUUCAUGCAGUCUCGCGAGCUGGCCGAGUGCCUGGGUGCUCAGGAGAAGCAGUGGCUUUUCUCCAAGCUGCCCGACGUCAAGGACGUCAGUGAGAGGUUCCUGCAGGACCUGGAGCAACGCUUGGAGGAGGACAUCCUGCGAUUCGACGUGUGCGACAUCGUCCUGGACCACUGCCCCGCCUUGCGCCGGGUCUACCUUCCCUAUGUCACCAACCAGGCCUACCAGGAGCAGACCUACCAGCGCCUGCUACAGGAGAACCCCCGUUUCCCUGGAAUUUUGGCUCGGCUGGAGGAAGACCCCAUCUGUCAGCGUCUUCCCCUCACCUCCUUCCUCAUCCUCCCUUUCCAGAGGAUCACACGACUCAAGAUGCUGGUGGAGAAUAUCCUGAAGAGGACAACACCAGGAUCUCGGGAUGAGGACACAGCCACCAAGGCUUUUAAUGAGCUGAAAAAGAUCAUAAAGGAAUGUAAUUCCAGCGUUCAGUCAAUGAAGAGAACGGAAGAACUCAUCCACCUCAAUAAGAAAAUCCACUUUGAGGGCAAGAUUUUCCCCCUGAUCUCUCAGUCCCGGUGGCUGGUGAAACAUGGAGAGCUGCUGGAGGUGGACACACAGACCAUGAGUAUUUCCGGGUCAAAGUUCAAGCUGCCCACUCGGCCUGUUUAUCUGCAUCUAUUCAAUGACUGCCUACUGCUGUCCCGGAGGAAGGAUACGUGGAAAUUCGCUGUGUUUGUGCACGCCAAGAUCGGCCAGCUGAAGGUGAAGGACCUGAGCCUGAAGCUGCAGGGUGUCUCGGGCUUCAUCUUCCACCUGCAGCUGUGCGAAGGGCCACAGCUCAAACACCAGAUCCUACUGAAGGCCCGCACAGAGAGUGAGAAACAGCGCUGGAUCUCGGCGAUGUUUCCCUCCGACCCAGAGGUCAGCAAGGAGCAGAUCAGCGAAAAUGAAGAUCUGCCCCAAGUUCAGUGCAUCAAAAGCUACCAGGCCGUGGAGCAUGACGAGCUCACGCUGGAGAAGGCCGAUGUUCUGCAAGCUAAGACCAUCACAAGCGAUGGCUGGGUUGAGGGGAUCCGGCUGUCCGAUGGGGAGAGGGGCUGGUUCCCCAAAUCCUACGUGGAGGAGAUUGCGAGCCGCAGCGCCAGACUACGGAACCUUCGCGAAAACAACCGCAUCAAGUCUGCCACCCAGAAGCUGGAAGAGUUCCUGUAGUGACCCUCUCUGUUGGAGGCUUCCCACACUUACGGACGCUAGAACCUGCUGGCGGCACGGUGCCCUUGCACCUCAUUACGAUUAAAAGAAAAGCUCAACUCCUUCGUACCUCCCUUCCACCAAGCCUGCAUCCUCAGCUUGUUGCAUGAUUGCCUCUGCCGUGGGUUUCAUUUAUAGGUGUUGGGUCUGCAUGGGUGGAGCAGGGAGGCGGAGGUGGAGGAGUUUGUUCCUGGC